AUGGCACAGGUCCUUAGUCCUUUUGGGGUCGCUGUAUCAGGAAGUCUAGCCGCAUGUUACGCAUUAAUUUCGAUAUAUCCUUUGGACUUGAUCAAAACUAGAAUCCAAGUUCAAAGCAAACACAAUGUCGAUCCUGAGCAACACUACAAGAGCACUCUGGAUGCGCUGAUCAAGAUAAUACAAAAGGAAGGCCCACUGGCGCUUUAUAAUGGACUUGGUGGUGGGCUGUUGUACACGGUCUUGUCAAACUUCAGCUACUUUUACACAUAUGGGUUUGUCAGGUCUAAAUACCUCAAACGCUUCCCAGGCGAGAUCGGCAUUGCCAUGGAACUAGCUUUAGGUGCCGUUGCUGGUGCACUCUCCCAAAUCAUCACCCUCCCCAUCGCAGUUGUAAAUACGCGCCAAUUGACUUCAUCAAAGGACGAAAGGAAGGAUUUUAUCGGCACAUGGGUGCAAGUUGUAAAAGAAGAGGGAAUCGAGGGAUUAUGGCGUGGGUUGGGCCCAGCUCUAAUAUUGUGCGUGAAUCCCGCCAUCACGUAUGGUCUCCAUUCUCGAAUGAAGACUGCCGUAAACCAGCGGGCUGGUCGCGAGGCUGAUGCUCGCUUGUCGGGGAGUGAGACGUUUGUUAUAGGCGCAAUAGCUAAAACUCUGGCUACCAUCGUGUCUUAUCCGUAUAUAUUGGCUAAAAUCAGGCUACAAUGGCGGCCAAAGCCCGUUGAAGGGGCUCAAGCUGGUGUUACUUACAAGAGCACAUUUGAUGUUCUGAAAAAGGUACUGGAAAGUGAUGGAAUCACGGGCUGGUACAGAGGAAUGGGCGCCCAGAUCUAUAAGGCGGUAUUACAACAAGCUCUACUCUUCUUGUCCAAAGACGAGUUUGAAUUCUUCACAUUGAUGGUGUUUACCUUCAUUGCCACCAAAAUCAAGGCUCUACGACAAGUCUCCAAUCACAAGAAGUAA